UACCUAACUUCCUUAAUCUAAUCAAAUUAAUUAACUGGGUCUUAUAUUAAGGAUCGGAGGAGUAGUAAUUUCCCAUCACUGUCUUUAUAAAAAACCACAAAGCCGCUUAGCAAACUAAAACCAUGUAAUCUUUCCAGUUACUUGAAAUUCUCUAACUCAACCAUGAUCACUCGAGGCUUAGCAUGUUGUUUGGUUCUGGUCUUCACAACAUCUUUUAGUGUUACUCCUUCUCAUGCAAAGCAGACCCCACCAACUUCAGAUAUCUUCAGAAUCCACCAUGUUUGGCACCAAGUUCUGCAAUGGGAAAACAAAACACAUGAAUUCCCCAAACCCCAUGAUGGUUCACUCACAUCUCUCCCAAUCGUGCUAGCAGCAAUCUUCUGCUUCAUAGCUUCCUCUAUUUCCAGUGCUGGUGGAAUAGGUGGUGGUGCACUUUUCAUACCCAUUUUAACUAUUGUGGCUAAAGAAGACCCCAAAACAGCUUCAAGACUCUCAUCCUUCAUCGUCGCAGGAGGAUCAAUCGCAAAUGUGCUGUGCAAUUUUUGCAAAACAAGUUCCGAGUUCGGAGGCAAGUCAUUGAUUGAUUAUGACAUUGCACUUUCUUUACAACCAUGCUUGCUUCUUGGAGUGAGUGUUGGAGUUAUCUGCAACACUGUGUUCCCAAAGUGGUUAGUCACUCUUCUGUUUGCUAUUUUUCUUGCCUGGUCAAUCAGAAAGACAUGUAAAAGAGGGUUGACGUUAUGGAAGACUGAAUCAGAAAAGAUAAGGAGAAAUGCUGAAAUUGAAGGAAACGGAGAUGGGAAUUUUGAGGAACCUCACUAUCUGGGUAAUAAAGAAAAUAGCAGAUUGAAGCUUCCGUGGCUGAAAUUAGGGGUUUUGCUUUUGAUUUGGCUUUCUUUCUUCUCUCUCUAUUUUCUUCGAGACAACAAAAAUGGACAGAGUAUCCUUCGCAUGAAGCCUUGUGGUGUGGCAUACUGGAUUCUCUCAUCAGUUCAAGUACCUCUUGCUGUGAUUUUGACAGCUUGUGUUGUGUUUAGGGAAAGAAGCCUGCAAGACCAAACUCAAUCACAACAGGGUCAAGAACAGUGCAGAGAUGCACCAUUAAAGAAGCUUCUCUUUCCAUUGAUGGCACUACUAGCAGGGAUCUUUGGAGGUGUUUUUGGAAUAGGAGGUGGAAUGCUAAUAAGCCCGCUUCUUCUUCAUGUUGGAGUAGCACCUGAGAUAACAGCAGCAACAAGUUCUUUCAUGGUUCUAUUCUCAUCAACAAUGUCGGCAUUACAGUAUGCAUUGAUAGGCAUGGAAGAUAUAAAGACAGCCUUGAUAUUAAGCACAGUAAGUUUUGUGGCGUCCCUUGUGGGGGUAUUAGCAGUGCAGAAAGCCGUUAGAAAGUACAAAAGGGCAUCUUUAAUUGUCUUCUCAUUAAGUGCAGCCAUGGCUCUAGGUAUUGUCCUAAUGACAAGCUUUGGUGUCAUUGACGUUUGGAGGGAUUAUAAAUCUGGAAAAUACAUGGGGUUCAAACCCCCCUGUAAAAAGAAACAAUCUUCUUAAUCAGCUCCCAUGGUAUGCUAGUUGCUAUGAUUCAUGUAAAAUAGUAGACAAGAACUAUGGUCUGGUCCUAAGAAAAAGCAUAUUCCUAGGAUUGCAUACCUGAUAUGCAUCUAUAGAUAACAGCAGCAAAUGUUCGUUCAAGGGUUUGUGCUCAUCAACGUCAUACCUGAUAUUUACUUUGAAGCAGCAGCAUUUGUCGCCCCUGAUAAAUGGAGCCGAAGAGGACAGAUGGUGUCAAGAACUAAAUGACCAAAAAAAAAAAAAAAAAGCUCCAAAUUAUCUAGUUAUACAAACCUGAUACCAUAUCAAAAGUAGUUCAAUUCAGUAGUUAGUAAAAACUUGUGAUGAUUAUAUUAAAUCAUCUAAAAUACUUUUCUUCAUCUCUGGUGUUACAUAGGCAAAAGCAAGUCUCACGGAGUUGGCAUAAUGGUUAAACAUGUACUUGAUUGCCAAUGUCGAUAAGGAGCUUGCAAAAGAAUCUAGUCUGAGUUGACAGAAAAACUGAUCCAAGAAUAUCCUUAUCAUAAAUAAAAAACAAGGCCCACAUGUACCAGUUCUCUGCAAACUUAAUAUGAUAGAUACCCCAUACAGACAUAGGAACCAAAGCAAUCAAAUCUUAAAACUCGAAUACCAUAUCAUAAAGUCUAUUAUCUUUUCCAUCCCUAAAUUAUAACCAUUGCCAUAUUCUUAUCCCUUCAGUUUUAACUUUCCUGAUAAAAUCUCUCUGCCUUUCAAAAAUCAUCAGAUAUGUUCUUCAGCCUCAUUCUAUGAAGGAUUAAAUGAUUUUAAUAAAGUGUAGGGACCAAUGAAUUAAAUGGCUUAAACUCAAUAAAAUGAGUUGGACAAGUUAAACUUAAGCAAUUGAAUUAUAACUACGUCAAAACUACAAGGACUAAAUAAUUAUUUUUCCUAACCACAAAAGCUUUUAAAAAUUUCCUCAUAGUCUUUCUCUCUCUAAUGAAGUAAAGAUACUGAUAAGCAAGCUUUUACACAAACCACAGCAAUAUAAAACAAUUAAACAAUAUUCUGCAAAUAAAACAACUAAAAAAAAUGUGGUUUCCUGUUGAACUUAAGAGGAUAACGAUAUCCAUAUAAAAAUGAAAAAUAAAAACAGACUCGAAGAAAUGACAAUCCAAAAAUACAUAAAUAAAUCAAAGAAGGAACAUUAGAUAACUAACUUCCCUUCAGGUUUGUUGACUCUUCCCAAAUGUUUCAGGUCGUUGUAGUUCUAAACUUACGGUCUGUAAUCUGUACACAUAAGCAAAGUUGUAAGCUUUUCACAUCAAGGGAAUCUUCUACCUUGUUUUUGAGUUUAAAUUACCCCAGAAAUAGCCUAGAGUCACACAUAUUCUCAGCUGAAAGUCUCUUGGAAAAAAAGAACAUUCAGGCUUAUAUUUUAAAAAUAUAUAUAUACACACAUAUCUACAUUCCACCAGGCAAGGUGCCGCUCAUGGUGCUGACCACAACAAAUUGGUUCUCUCAGUGGCACCAUGUAAAUUGACAGGUGGCAUCAUAGUUUUCUUCAAAGUCAGCCAUACAAAGCAGCAUGUCAACCCUGGUGGCCACCAUUGAUAAAACUACUCUGUUAUCCCCUGCUUCCAACAAUGUUUUCUUCCCCAUCAUAUAAAAGUCAGAGAUAAAGCCGCGGUGAGAGCAUAUGAGAGAAAAACAUGACGAAUGAGAUGAGUCAGCAAAAAAUAACAUUUAAGAUGCCAUGUAAUAUAACAGAGCGUGAUG